AUGCCUGCCCCAAACCCAGACUGGGUCAAAGCCCUGAAGCCUUCGGGCCCCCAAGGCUCGGAGCUCCUGGAACAGGAACGAGCGCGUUCUGACCUCAACGUCGACCAGCUUGCCACGUUCUUGUUCACCGACGAAGUGCUCAAUCGGAGAGCCAAGAUUCUGGAGAUUCUUCAGAGCGAUCCAGUUUUCGACAAGUCCCAGAACUACUUCCGCGGCAGGACCGAGAGGCUUGAAGCUGCCCUGGGAAGGGCCAAGGCGCUGAGACAGCUCUCUGUCAAGCACCAAUGGAGCGAAGAGGAGUACUACGCUGCCAAUGAGCUCAUCAGCGAGCCUACGCCAUACGGCCUGCACGAUGCCAUGUUCUUGAAGACCCUCAAGGAGCAGGGAACUCCCCAGCAGCAUGAGCUCUUCCUCAAGCGUGCCGAGAAGUACGAGAUCAUUGGCUGCUACGCGCAGACCGAGCUGGGCCACGGAUCCAACGUCCGAGGGCUGGAAACCACUGCCACCUGGAACCCAGAGGACAAGACAUUCACACUGCACUCGCCGCACCUGACCGCCUCCAAGUGGUGGAUCGGAUCACUCGGAAAGGCGGCCAACCACGCUGUAGUGGUUGCGCAGUUGAUCCUGAAUGGAAAGUCCUAUGGCCCUCAUCCCUUUAUCGUCCAGAUCAGGGACUUCAAGACCCAUGAAGCUCUGCCUGAUAUCCAUGUCGGAGAUAUCGGCCCAAAGUUCGGGUACAACACCAUGGACAAUGGCUUCCUCCUUUUCAACCACGUCAAGGUCCCCCACGUCAAUCUGCUCAGUAGAUUCUCCGGCGUGGAUCCAAACACCGGAAAAUAUCUCAGGCCAGCAAACCCAGCCCUCGUGUACGGCACAUUGACCUUCAUUCGCUCCUCAAUUGUCCUCCAGUCAGGCUCCGUGCUUGCCAGGGGCGUGACCAUCGCUACCCGCUACUGUGCUGUUCGUCGCCAGUUCCAAGAUCACGAUGCCGAGGAUGGUCAGGGCGAGAACCAGGUCCUCAACUAUACCAUGGUACAGCACCGCAUCCUGCCGCUGCUGGCGGCCUCGUACGCGCUGCACUUCACCGGCCGCGCCAUGUUCGACAUUUACAACGCAAACCAAAAGCGCAUGAGCCAGCAGCGCCUCACCAAGGACACAAACAGAGGGGCUGGCCCAGAGGAGCUCAACCCCAGCAGCGACCUCUUGGCUGACCUCCACGCCAUUUCUUGCGCGCUCAAGGCCUUUGCUUCGACCACCGCUGCCGAGGGACUCGAGGUAUGUCGCCGUGCUUGCGGCGGACACGGAUACUCUGCCUUCUCAGGUAUCGGCACCUGGUACGCCGACUACCUCCCCACAGUCACGUGGGAGGGCGACAACUACAUGCUCACCCAGCAAGUCAGCCGCUACCUGCUCAAGUCUGCCCGCGCUGUGCUCUCAGGCAAGGCUCCCGAUAACAGCAUCAGCCAGAUCCUGAAGGAGUACAUCCGAAGACAGGAUAUCGGCGCGGCAUUCGACAUCCUCGAGAAUGACGAGGAUCUCGUCCACGCCUUUGCCUGGCGCGUGGCCUACCUCACCUUCGAGGCCCUCAAGCACAGGGACGAGGAGAAGAGACCCUGGAACGACCUGCUGAUCGACUUCUGGCGCCUCUCCACCGCCUACUCCCAGUACCUCGUCGUCAAGUACUUCUACGAGGCCCUCCAGAGCGAGCAGACCAAGUCGGCCCUCGACGCCAACACCCUCGCCCUGAUCCGCAAGCUGUUCCAGCUCUUCGCCCUGCACCACCUGCAGUCCCACGCGUCCGAGUUCUUCACCUCAGGCGCCACCACCGUGCGCCAGAUCCAGCUCGCGCGCACGAAGCGGACGCUGGCGCUCCUCCACGAGGUCCGACCCCACGCCGUCAGGCUGGUCGACUCGUGGAAGUUCCCCGACUGGCAGCUUGACAGCUCUCUCGGGCGCUAUGACGGCAAGGUCUACGAGGACAUGUUCCACAGGGCGUCACAGGAGAACCCGCUCAACGACGUCGUCAUCGAUCCCUACCCGGAUUCACCUGUCCUCUUCCGCAAGGGGCCAAAGUCGAAGUUGUAA